AUGACUUUAGGAAAGUGCGUAACCGGAUCAGAUAAUAUAAAUCAAUGUCAAAAAGAUCGAUUAUUUGGAAAAGCAUAUAAAAUCGAAUCAUUUAUAUUUAAAAAGUGUGGUUCAAGUGUCAACGAAACUUAUAAAGAUACAACGAGAUCACAUAUUUGGAAUCUUUGCGAUAAGAAAAAUCCCGAAUUACGACAAAACGUUAUUGAAGGUUUAAUUAGUGAAGAAGAAUUUGCUAAAAUGAACGCCGAAGAAAUGGCUUCACAAGAAGAAAAAAUUAAAAAUAAAAUAAUACUUCAAAAUGCGCUUCAACAUUCAAUUGGAAUAGAAGAAAUGCAACCUAUUGAACACGAUGAUUAUGAUCCAAAUGAACCAAGAAUUGUUAUGGGUGAUCGUGCUGGAAACAGAGUUUGGUCAGGAUCUGAUUUGGAUGCAACAUUUUAA